CCACUGCAUUAGCAGACAACCCACCCCCACUCGUACUCGUAGCAAAACGAGACACACACAUACGCAUGUGGGUAGAGUGCACAUGGCAUCAUGUGAUGUGUUAUCGACAACCAAAACCCUCUCUGGAGCCCCCACGAGCAACGUCUCUCUCUUCCUCUCGCCUCGCCUCGCCUCGCCCCUCCCGCUCUCUCUGUAUACACCACAUUCUCACGAUGAAAAAUGGACCAACCUGCUCACGUCCGUCCGUCCGUCCGUCGGUCCAUCUGCUACACCAAGCCGGCAUACACCUCCCACGGCUUGACCGAUAUGCUAUCACCGUACACACAGCAGUCGACUACGGUCGACACGAACGGCGCCAGCACCACCAGCUGCAGCGCCAGCCACUCCCGCAGCGUCAUCAGCCGCCGGUCCUUCAGCGUCGCGCCCAGAAAGACUAUCGAGUUGGCCAGCGCCAUCCCGAAGGCCGCGUCGUACAGCAGCGCCGACUCGCCGGGGAAGCUCUGCAGCACCGUGUCGAGCCACCCCCGCCCUCCAAUGCCAAUGUUCCAGAGGAUGGGCAGGUGCAGGAGGUUGGGGUAGCUGGCCACCCUGUGGUUCAGGACGAUGUCGUUGCGCAUCUCGUCGUAGGACAGGGACGUCUCGCGGUUACUGCUGCCCCUGGCCCAUUUGGCGUCCAGCCUGUGAACGGCGCCCUCGAGGGCCUUCUCGGAUGUCCAAAUGCCGUGGACGAUGGUGGCCAGGAAGGCGGUGGCGAUGGCGGGCGUGGCGGCCUCGAGGACGGGGGGGUAGUAGCCCGACACCCACAGGGCCUCCCACGCGGCGAGCAAGGUCAUGCCCGUGCCGAGACCCUUGAAGCCGUCUCCCUUUGUGUCGUGGCCGUUGCGGAACUGACCCACAAACAUACGCGCACACACACACACACACACACAGACAGAAUAUGAGUGUAUGACGGCCUCCCUCCCUCCCUGUGCUGUGCUGUGCUGUGCUGCACUAUUCUGUCCAUUUACAUCUCUCUCACUUUGGACAUGGGAAUGCAGGUAAAGCAGUUCAAGAUCGCCACCAUCAGGAGCGUCAUGGAAGCGCUGUCAGCCCGCCACGGCAGCAAAGGCGAGGGCAUCUCGAAGGCGCCCUCCACACCCAACACCGGCCGCGCCAGCUCCCACCCGAACCAGAGCGUGCCCAGACCCAUGAACAGCACCCCCGACACGGCAUGCAGGUGCAGCCAGUCCAUCGACGUCCACAUGCGCUUGCGGCACUCCCUCCAGUACGCGGCGGUGAAGACCUUGGCCGCAUUCACGCGCGGGAUCCUCCUCACAUCACUCGCACCCCCGACACGCGCAUCCACAUCCGCACCGCCCGUCAUGAUCUCGUCCCUCUCCUCCUCCACCACCUCUGGGUCGACCGGCACACGGAGAGGAGGCCCGAUGAGGGCCGAGGGCGACACGAUUGUGGCCUUCCACUUGGAGAGGACGGGCGGGGACUGGAUCGACGACUCAGAGGGGGACUGCACGCGCAGGCCGAGCUGUGAAGGGCUAGUGGCUGGCUGAGUUCGAGGGAUGGGCCGCAUCCUGUCGCUCUUCCUGAGUGUCCGUGGCGCCGCAGAAGGCUGGAAGGCGUCCGAGGCGCAUGACGCAUAGAUCAGAGCCGCAACAAUCACCGAAAUGCUCACGGACGUCCCUCUGGCCAUCCUCCUGCGGCGUUCUGGACUUCGCGCGCACCACAGAGUUCAG